GCGGUUGACGUCAGAUCGGGAGAGACAGGAAGUGGGAUACGAGUUGAGCGUCGCAUCCUGACACACGGAGCCUUCCCUCACUAACCAGAGCGCCUGCACCGACAGCACCGGGACCCAGGGAUGUGGAAAGCAGCUGCGGGACAUUCUCUUUCCGUCUCUGCCGAGGACACCGAUGAUUGGGAGACGGACCCAGAUUUUGUGAAUGAUAUCAGCGAAAAAGAACAAAGAUGGGGUGCAAAAACCGUCGAAGGGUCUGGUCACCAGGAGCACAUCAAUAUCCACACUCUGAGGGAGAACGUCUCCCAGGAGCAUCAGUCCCUGAAAGAGCACGAGCUGGAGUCGGGGCCGAAGGCAUCCCACGGCUACGGAGGCAAGUUUGGCGUGGAGAAGGACCGCAUGGACAAGUCUGCCGUCGGCCACGAGUAUCAGUCGAAGCUGUCUAAGCACUGCUCGCAGCUGGAUGCAACGAAGGGCUUCGGCGGGAAAUUUGGGGUUCAGAGCGAUCGAGUGGAUCAGUCUGCGAUGACCUUUGAAUAUCAAGGGAAGACAGAGAAACACGCGUCGCAGAAAGAUUACGUCAGUGGCUUCGGGGGCAAGUUCGGGGUGCAGACAGACCGUGUAGAUAAGAGUGCCGUCGGCUUUGAUUACAAAGGAAAAACCGAGAAGCACGAAUCCCAGAAAGAUUAUGCCACUGGCUUUGGCGGCAAGUAUGGGGUGCAGUCAGACCGUGUGGACAAGAGCGCUGUGGGGUUUGAUUACCAGGGAAAAACCGAAAAGCACGAGUCGCAGAAAGAUUAUUCCAAAGGUUUUGGUGGCAAAUAUGGCGUGGACAAAGACAACGUGGAUAAGAGCGCAGUAGGGUUUGAAUAUCAAGCCAAACCAGAGAAGCACGAAUCGCAGAAAGACUAUGUGAAAGGGUUUGGAGGAAAGUUUGGUGUACAGACAGACAGACAGGACAAGUGUGCUCUUGGCUGGGAUCAUCAAGAAAAACUUCAGCUCCACGAGUCCCAAAAAGAUUAUUCCCAAGGGUUUGGUGGAAAAUACGGUGUUCAAAAAGAUCGAAUGGACAAGGCCGCAUCAUCUUUUGAAGACGUUGAAAAGGUUCCUCCAUCGUAUCAGAGAACACGGCCGGUGGAAGCUGAAGGUAACAAAGCCAGCAGCAUUCGUGCCAACUUUGAGAACCUGGCGAAGGACAAAGAACAAGAAGAUCGGAAGAGGGCCGAGGCGGAAAGAGCUCAAAGAAUGGAGAGGGAGCGAGUGGAGCGGGAGCAGGAGCAAGCGAGGAGAAAGCAGGAGGAACAAGAAAAACCUAAAGCUACAACCCCACCUUCACCCCCGAGACCCCAGCCCGUGGCAGAGGAGGCUCCAGCAAGCCCGGUGUAUGAGGAUGCAGCUCCGCUGUAUGAAAAGGAGCCGCUCCGUCCCCCUCCAGCCUCCGAGCCCGUGUACGCCAAGGAGGACGAUUAUCAGGAGGCCGUCAGCCCCAAACAGGAGGUUCAGGAGGCUGUAUACGAGACGGCAGAAGAUUACCAAGACGUGGAAAAUACCUACGCGGAGUACGAAGCCGACCAGGGGAUCACGGCCAUCGCUCUCUAUGACUAUCAAGCAGAUGGUGACGACGAGAUCUCUUUCGACCCUGAUGACAUUAUCACAAAUAUCGAGAUGAUCGACGAGGGAUGGUGGCGAGGGCUCUGCAAGGAGCGCUAUGGCCUGUUCCCAGCGAAUUACGUGGAGCUGCGGCAGUAACUGCCUUCUAGUCUUAACGUUCUACGGUAUGAGAGGACCAAGCAACGCGGCCCCGGCUAGUGCCG